GCGCGGCAGCCAGGAGCACAACAGUCCUCUCUAACAAAUGAAAGGAUGGGGGGCAUCAGCAGCAGCAGCUGAAUUCAGAAAAUCUGGAUCAGGGGCCGAGGGGAGAGAACUGCUUUCUGCUCACUCUUGGGUCACUUUUGUUGGAUUUAUUCGCCGGUCCACACCAACAUGCCAUUUGCCAAACGAGUCGUGGAACCUCAGUUACUGUGCAGACAUCAAAUCCCAAACGAGGAGAGUCUGCUUUUCGAGGAUCUAGUCUCCAUCAGUAAUGUGGCUCUAUCUCGGACCUUGCGGCAGCUGUCGGACCUGGCCAAACAUGCCUGCUCCAUAUUCCAGGAGCUGGAAAACGACCUCACGUCCACCAACAUGCGGGUCAGGGGGCUGCAGAGUAAGAUUAACCAACUUCAGCAGACCUGCUCCGAGCUGGACCCCAAACAGGAGGCAGUGCCGGUGUCGAACCUGGAUGUGGAGAGUAAGCUGACGUCACAUUACCAAGCUCCCUGGCACCAGCAGAGGAACAUUUUCCACCCCUCUACACGGCCAGCAUGUGUUGUAGACCUCCACAGGCAAGCCAACCUCAGCCUGUGGGCCCUGCACCGAGAUCACCAGAGGAGACGAUCGGGCAGCAGGGAGCGGAGAGUAACCAUCUCCAUCUCCGCUGUGCCCCCGAUGCCCAUGUACCCGUCCCCACACGUCGUCCAGAGGCAAGGACAGAGCGGCACAAAUCUGACAACGUUUGAAUCCUCCCGCUCCUCCUCCCCUACCGAAUGUUGCCGCUUCUCUCCCUGGAGCAGAAAGGCUACGCCCUCUGACCCCGACGCUGACGGGGUGGCUUUAGGUCACCGGCCUAAGUUUCCCAUCCCUAACAUCCCCACCACCCUGGACAAGCAGACUAACUGGUCUAAAGCCCUGCCGCUGCCCACCCCAGAGGAAAGAAUGAAAAACAAUCCCCAAGUCAUCAGCUCAUGUGUCAUCCCCAUUAAUGUGACUGGCGUUGGCUUUGACAGAGAUGCUAGUGUGCGCUGCUCGCUCGUUCACUCACAGUCUGUGCUUCAGAGGAGGAGGAAGCUGAGGAGACGGAGGACCGUUGCCGGCGUUCCCCCGACAGGUGCAGCAAGAUUUAGGUGCCUGUCGGACAGCGCAGACGCCAUGUUUUCCGCCUCUGUGGGCGCACACCUGCGCUCCCGAAGUCUGCCCAGAGACGGGAGCCGGAUGAUAGACAACGGGCAUAAUGAUAGUGAUGAUGAGGAGGAGCUUUCCCCUUUUAAUGCUGAAGACUUCCUGCCUGGACCCGGGGAGCUGAUUUUAAAGGAUGAAGAGGAGAGCAUGGAGGACCAGUCCAUGUCCGAACACCAGCUGGGCCUCAAGUACCAGCAGCUGUCAGAGAGUCCGGAGCGCAGCUGGAUGCAGAGGACCAGAUCCCAACUGCCCAGGAAGGUCGACAUGGGCAGCUGUGAGAUCUCAUCCAGUUCGGACACCUUCAGCAGCCCUGUCCAUUCUGUCUCAGCUGCAGGGGUGCUGGGAGGCCAGAUGGACCAUAAAGACGACCACCAGUCCUCAAGUGGGAACUGGAGCGGGAGCAGCUCCACCUGCCCCUCACAGACAUCAGAAACAAUCCCCCCGGCAGCUUCUCCGCCGCUGACGGGCUCCUCACACUGCGACUCUGAGCUCUCCCUAAACACUGCCACGCACGCCAACGAAGACCACACCAGCUUCAUGCUGGACCACUACCAGGGUGUCAGGACCCAGCGGGCGGGCUCCUUCUCCUCCACAGCUAUGGACAUAUUAGAGGAAGCAGGGUCGAGCACUCCCAUCGAGGUGGAGUGGAGUUACUCCCACCCGGACCCUCAGCGCUCGCAGGACUUCAGCCCCGAGCCGAGCAGAGAGGCGGAGAGCAGCCUGGGCUGCCCCAGCUACACCAGCAUGGCCACCUGUGAGAGCAGCUACUCCGACAAACCGCCGUCGGAGAAAGCUGACACCGUCUCACACUACUCCGUAGACACUGAAGGCUACUACACCUCAAUGCACUUUGACUGUGGUAUAAAAGGGAGCAGAAGCUUCACUUAUAACUAUGCAGCCUCCGGGUCUGAUUGUGGCCUGUCUGACUUCAGCGGUCACAUGACUCUGGGGAGGCGCUGCCUCUCCUUACGAAAACCAAAGGCGAAGCCGUGUCCGCCUAAGAGGAGUUCAUCCUUAAGAAAAAUAUGCAGUGAGGGACACAUCCCUGACAAUAAAGAACCAAAGAUUACCUGCGGGCAGCAGCUUCCACUGUCUUCCAAGGAGAGGAACCUGCAGCUGGUUUUGUCUGGCUCUUCAGGUCAUAUAGACAACUCUUCACUCAACAGAGAGCCCCUUGUGGUGUGGGGGGUCGAGGGCUCAGCUGAUCUGCCUGAUUUAGGCGUGUUUAGCUCCACAGAUGCACAUUCGUUUAAAGACGACGGGGUUGUGCAGUCGGAUUAUGCAGAUCUGUGGCUCCUGAAUGAUUUAAAAUCCAGCGACCCUUACCGGUCUUUGUCCAACUCCAGCACGGCCACAGGUACGACUGUCAUCGAAUGCAUCAAGUCACAGGAAAGCUCAGAGUCUCAGACGUCCCAGUCCGGCUCCAGAGCCACCACACCCUCACUACCAUCAGUGGAGGGAGACUACAAGCUAACAUCUCCGGAGAAGCUGGCAGGCCUGGCGAGCCCGUCCAGCGGCUACUCCAGUCAGUCAGAAACCCCCACCUCCUCCUUCCCCUCCGCCUUCUUUCCCGGGCCGCUGUCGCCAUCCAGCGGCAAGAGGAAGCCCAAAGUCCCAGAGAGGAAGUCGUCUCUUUCGUCGCUGUCGCUGCAGUCUCUCUCCUGCAGGGACGGAGCGGCCUCCAAGAGAGACCUGGAGCUGCCAAUAAUCCCCCCCUCACACCUCGACUUAAGUGCCCUUCACGGUGUCGGCAACAAGGCUUCAUCUUACAGGAACCAGAUUCAGAUGCUUCACCAAAACAAACAGAAAGCUGCAGUGUCGGCUAAACCUGCUGCACCACCACCACCACCACCUAACUCAGAGGUGUUCCAUUCCAUGUCCAUCACACCCACAGUGCUGCACUCAGUCCAGCUCCGGUCCAUCAGCAAGCAACAUGAAGGAAGCCAUGAGGACAAAACCACGUCCAAAUGUCCCUCUGUGAACUCGGCUAGCUCACUUUCCUGUAGUAAAUCUGUGGAGCUCAAGAGUCCCCUGUUAUACAACUCACAUCAACGUCACACACCCUCUAAGGGGUCAUGUGAUUCAAUGUUUACCUCAAAUGAAGAGCUUGCAGAUGGAGAAGCAGCAUGUCACAAUGAGGACAGAGAGGCUCCUUUGGAGAGUAUGACAGCAUUCAGGCUGCAGGCAGAGACUUCAUCGGACGUCCCUGAGAGGAUCACAAGACAUGAAGGAGAGAUGGUAGAAACACUGGUCUGCUCACAGUCAGAGCCUCUGCAACAGCAAAGAAGUGAAGAACAAGAAGAACAAGAAGAAGAAGAGGAAGAAGAAGAAGAAGAAGAAGAUGCAAGUCCUCCUCUCUCUGUUCAGCACGGUUCACCCAACAGAGCCAACGGUCUUCAUAAAGUGCCUGCUGCUGACGGCCAGUCAGAGGAAGGGAGUGCAAUCAGCGAUGAAGGUAGCAGAGAAGUGGACUAUGAGUCAUCAGUCGCUUCAGCUGAAAGUGUCUCUCAGGACGUCAAGGAGGAGUCCACAGCAGAGACAAAGGAUUAUUUCAGUAAAGACUCUCCACCCAGUGAUAGUGCAGUGUCCCCUCUGAGUGAUGAGUCGAGACCAGACGAUGACAGUGUGUUCCUGUCCCCCACCAAGGCUCGGACCACUGAGGAUCUGUUUGCUAUGAUUCACAGGUCCAAAAGGAAAGUGUUGGGCAGGAAGGAUUCUACUGAGCUGAAUGUGAGGAAACGCCUCGGUGCUGCAUCAGGGAACACGCCAUCACCACCCAGCAGCACUGUGAGCUCCCCGCUCCCACAGACGCCCCCCUCCUCCGCUGUGACCCCACCAGGCCUGCACAGACACUCCGGGCCCAUCUACAGGAACGCAAAGAAGUCCAGCACCUCCAACGAGGAGUUCAAACUGCUGCUGCUGAAAAAGGGCAGUCGCUCUGAGUCCAGUUACCGCAUGUCAGCCACAGAGAUCCUCAAGAGCCCCGUCGCUCCUAAAUCUCCUGGAGAUUUUCUGACGGAGUCCCCCAGACAGUCCGAAGAGCCCGCCUCUCCGCUGCAGCAACAGCAGCAUCCAUCAGGACCAGAUCAGCUCUCCAGCCCCUACCCCAAAGCCAACGCCGAGGGCUUCUCCCCAAAAUCCUUCCCCACGUCCGCUGCUUCCAGGCAGGGCCGCUCCAGAAUCCCCCCGCCCGCCAACAGCAGCCGAUACGGCAUGCGCAGCAGACUGUACUCGGUGCCCAUGCAGGCCAUCUCUGAGGGCGAGACCGAGAACUCAGACGGAAGUCCUCACGACGACCGCUCGUCACAGGGCUCCACGUAGAAAAACAGUACAAGUGUCAAAAAGGUAUGAAAUGAUUUUUGUUAGUUUACAGUGAAAACAAAUGGACCAGAAUGAGUUCUAAUAUAUAUGAGACGUGGUGAGGGCGUUGAGGUUAAUGUUAAUGUUAAAGAACAUUAAGGAGUUUGUUUUUAAAAAAUCAUGAAUUUACUAAUUGUGGCUGAGUUUUAUAGAUGUUUCCAUUGGGUUAUUCUGUGGAAUCUGUGUUCAAAAAUAUUUUAUACACACAGUUUGUCAACAAACAAAAAAAAACUACAGAAGCCCAGAUAAGCAUGUGAGAAAAUUCUGGUAAUCCAUUUCCUAUGUGUGUGUUUUCAGGUAUUUUAGUGACUGUUUAGCUAUGAAAUGAGUCAAGCAAAUAUUCUCAGCAGAGUUGGGUCUUUGCUUUUACUAGUUACUACUUUACUAGAUUUUAAUUUAUGAAAACAAGUGGGAAAUAAACUUUGGCAAGUGUUUUUUGUUGUAAUACUCAUUUAGGCCCCCAAGAAAAUCAGCAUGAGUUGAGAAAAGACUCAAACUGAAAAAAAACCUGUUUUCUUCCAGGUGAGUUUAGCUGUCGAGAGUGCAUGGAGCAAUUAAAACUCAUCUGAAAGAAAAGUGUAUAUUUAGAGCAUGAGAUAGUGGUGCACUUCUGCCUCUUGUGGCCGAAAUGGAUAUAACAACAACAAAAUAAUUCUGUAUGAAAAAUGAACAUGAAAAAAAAAAUGUUUUUUUUAACCUGCCAGAAUUUUAUGAUAUUAAUUGAGGAACUUGGCAAAAUCAUUUUUAUUCACCCAUUUUUUUAGUCAAAUCACAGGAGAGAAAACUAACUUAGAAAAUAGAUUUUUCUUUACUCACUUGCCUCUCUGGGCUUCCAUAAAAAACUCAUGAUAAGAACACCUUAGAAACAGGGAACCAGAUUAUUAAGCAUCUGCAUUCUGUAGAAAAAUAUGAUCAAAGAAUAUAAAUUAAAAAACACGAUUCUACAGGAAUAAGCAGGCUUACAUAGUUCCAAAAUCUAUUAUUUGGUUGGUCUAUGGCACAUGAGCCACACAUUAAUGUUACAUUUUAGCUACUCUGCUGUCAGAUUUCUCCAGAUUUUAAAACAAUUCUCACAGUUUUGACAUUGACAUUUUUAUCUUGUAAAAUAUGAAAAAUAUAAUAAAUUAACUGUUUGUAUUCUGUGAAUACCUAUGCAAUUUGACACACAGUUCUUACAUUUCUUCAAGCCAAUAAUAAUUUUGAUACUCCCCAAUCAGGACUGACACUGUGUGAGAAACAGCAGUGGACUGAAAACGUGAAGCCUCAAUGCAUCUAUUGUGUUUUUUUAUAUAAAUAUUUUACUCAGUCCUUUUAAAAGCGUAUUGUAAAUGAUACUGAAGAUAGCAAUAUUUUAAAUUACAAUUACAAUUUACAAUUUAAAAUACAAUAUUUUAAAAUUCUCACGCAAUAAUAUGAGAGGUGACAAGAAAAAGUCAAAGCCAAGCACUAACUUGACAAUCUUAGCAGACGAGAAGGGAGCAGGUGUUAACAGGGGAAAUGAAAAAGUGAUCAAAAAAAGUCAGAGGUGGUGAAACAGGAGAAAAAAAGAAUAAGGAGGUUUUAAAAUAAAAUGUGAUAAUGGUCAUUUGUGGUUUGCUGACUCGGUGUGAUUACGAAUUGUUGAAAGAGGCAAGUGGAAAGUGUUCAGGAGGAUCAAAAAUGCCUUAUUUUACUCUCAACAAGAGACAGUAAGUGACAAAGCAGCUUCAGCAAGUGGAUGGAGGACGUAGGGUUAAACACGGAGCCAGGUUAUCAUCGAUAAUGAAAAGAAAAAAAGUUCUGCAUUUGGGGCAUUUGCUGCUAUUUUGUACCAAAUGCUUGUCUAUUUUAUUCCCCCUUCAAAAUAAAAGCUGCCAUGGUUUCAUAUUUUCUGUGUCACAACAGUCUAAAUAUAUUUAUUUUUUAUAACUGACACAGAAAAUCUCCCUAAUUUGGUUUAACCUAAAUCUAAAAAAAAUGCAAUGGUAUAAUUAAAUGAUAGCAUAUUUUAUCCAGAUAGUUAUUUUGUUUAUAAGAGAGUUAUUUCAGACACUGUCUGCAGAGACAAAUAGGAACUCAUUAAUAUCAUUUAAAGAUGAACAGUCAUAAGCUACAAGUGAGGUUUUAGUGUAACCCUCCACAUAAUACAUAAUAAUAUUAUAAAUAUAUGGUGUUUAAUGCAGUGAUGGUGCUCAACCAUUAUGCAAAAAGUCUAUGUAGCCAUACUGCCCUAUGGAAGACUGUUGGUCCCUAUAGGUACACUGUAAAUAAUAACUUGAUGAUUUUGGCCUUAAAGAUCCUCCAUAUAAUGACAUAUAACAGGGUACACUAUGGGUUAUGUCUGUGAACAUUCAUUCCAACCUUCUUUUCUUUCACUCUUUUUGUUUUUUUGCACUGAUAAAGUUUCACUUGUCUCUUGCUGUACCUGGAGAUAUUUAUAGACCUUUACAUGGAGCUGUUUGACUUUUCCUUGAAUAAUAUCCACACUCUGAGUACGCUUCAGGAGCGGAGUAGAUGCUUCUGCCAAAGGCUAGAAAAACUGUUUCUCUCUCGACUGAAACAUAACUAAAGAAGAACAACAGCAGCGUAACUUCUGGUACUAGAUGAAUUUAACUUGGACUUCAGAUCUGUAGGUAUCAGCUUUGUAUAAUUUUUUUUGUACAAACUUGUAAAUACGAUAACUUUUGGAAUUGUCACAAAGGUUGUUGAAUUGUUUCUUAUGUAUAAAAAAAAUGUUUUCAAAGUUUACAUUGAUUUCAAACCUUUGUAUAUUUUUGAGCUGUGGAACACUUUGUCUUGUAUUUAUUUUUUAGUAAGCAUUGUGGAAAUCCCAUAGUAAUAAAUCCUAUCAAAGCCAAGUGCUAGCACGACAGGCUGCUUAGCAAAUGUGUAUAAGAAGACAAAUAAAUGUGACUGCCUUGAAAAUUCA